AUGUGCAUCAUGGCUUGCAACCGAUCCAAUGAGAUCCCGAAUCUCUCGAUGGAUGAAGAAACCUACCUCAACCAACAGCUGAGUCCACAGUCUCGGCCUGCCGACUUCUUUAACAGAGCAUCCGACCCCUCCGACCCCUUGGCUGCCAACUGGAGCUAUGAUAGCGCCAUCGAUAUGUUUGCUCUCAACCCCACCGACAUGGAGCCGGUGUCAUUCGAUUUUACCGACAACCUCGCCAACCUGGAGCCCAAGGACCUCUUCGCCGACCCAUUCACUGGUUCGUCCGGCAUCAGUGGCUUCUCCAUGCCCAUGGCAGAGGAUGCUGCCUCACUCUCAUCGGAGCUCGACAGUGACGAUCAGUCAUGGCAGUCUGCUGCCGCUCGUCAAUCCAUCGACUCAAACGCCUUUGAGAUCCAAGCAAACGAGCCAGCCAACAUGACCCACAGCCGACCAGAGAUCAAGACUCGAUCGUCAACAAGAUGGUCAUCAAGCCCCGACUUCAAGCAAGAAGAGGUUUCCACGCCGCAGCCUACCAAAUCCGCUUCCACCUCCACAUCCCGCAAGACCCGCAGUUUCUCCCAAGACUCCAACCGCUCGUCCGGUAGCCAAGACCCGCAAAUGCGGAAUGCUGCCAAGCGUGCCGCCCACAACAUCAUCGAGAAACGUUACCGCACCAACAUGAACGCCAAAUUUGUCUCACUGGAGCAGGCUAUCUCCCCAUCGCGUGUUCAAAAACACACCAAGGUUGGCGCAGGAUCCCUCAAGAAAUCAGAGAUCCUCACCAACGCCCUCUCAUACAUCGAUGGUAUCCAACAAGAGAACCAAGCUCUCCAGAAGGAGUUAGCGAUGCUGAAGCAGAAUAUGGUACCGGGUGGUAUGUGGCGACCGAACAAGCACCCCAGAAUCUGA